CUCAUAUUUGGGUCUGUUCUGAUAUUGUUUUAAUAUAAAUACGCGAAAUUAUAUUUCGAAAUCACAGUUUGACAGCUUUAUACGCCAGCAAUCGUUUUGAGAGACAACCAGUAAAUUAAAUUCUGAGUAAAAUGAAAUACAUGCUCAUCAUCGCAUCCGUUGUGGCUUUGGCUGCAGCCAGCCCCACCCGUGGCCUAGUAGAAGUCGGGCCCGGCGGUCCCGCGCCAGUCCUUCCAGAGCCCAUCGACAUCGGACCAGCCAUCUUGGACUUCGAACCAGUAGCUAUUGGACCUGCCCCCGUAGUCCCGGAACCUAUCGUACCUGUGCCAACACCUGUGUUUCCAGUAGAAGACCUGCCCAACCCUGCACCCGCUAACCCUAUUGUUCAAAUAAUUUUGAACAUUAAUGGACAGGUAUCCGUUCCCGGUAUUGUGGAUCCCAAACCUCCAAUUGGUGUGCUACCUACACCUGUGGAGGUGGUUGAUGUAGCUCCGGAACCUGUGGAUAUUGCACCUGUUCUGGUACCUGAACCUAUUCAAAUAGGUACACCUGUUUUGCCUAUCCCUGCUCAAGUGAUGCCAGAUGAAUUAAAUUAAGAUGAAGGAGGCGUUACUGUUAAGAUUUGUGAUAAGAACAUUAUUGUGAUAUUUUUAAAAUAAAGUUUUUUUUUU